AUGCCUGGCGAGAGAAACGAGGAGAGGAAAAUUGAUUUAAAAAUCAAUAGUCGUGGCUGAGCGAGGAAUCCACUUCAUUCGGCGGAGUGUUGUCACCGUAAAAAGUUCUCUCGUGAACCGCGUGCUUCCUUGUUGCGUUUGUCACCAUGACCAGGAGGUGAGUAGCACCGCACGCACCACACACGCAGGGAGCGAUGACCGAUAGACACGAGGAUGAUGGGCAGGAGGAGGAGGAGGAGGGCGACUGGGAGUAUGCGAAGCGCGGAAUCGCUCUGUGGCUCAACAAUCAGCCCGACGAGGCGGAGGAACACCUGCACAGGCGGACGGACAAUCUUCAAACCAUGAUUGCCUAUACAUUCAUCAGCUGCAUGAACGCUGUGAUCUCAUUUGAGAUGGAAAAAAUCGAGCGAGCACAGCAGGUGCUCCAGAGUGUUGAGCAGCGAUGCGGAGGUGCCCAAAAUGGGUGGUUUCACUCUGUAAAGUCGAUUUUUUUCGGCUCAAAUGAUGCCCCAAAGUCCCUGGCAAUGCGCCUGGAGACACAGAUUAUCCUGGCUGACACACAACUCUGCUCGGCGAUACUCACAUUCCUCACGCAGGAUCUCAGUGGCUACAUGAAGGGUAUUUGGUUGCUGAAGAAGGCGUGGAAUGAGUACCAGCAGACACAUAGUGAGCUCGUUGGCAUCUACGGGAGACUCAGGGCACGCAAGACCACGGAUACCGUGGCAAGGAGACCAAAGUAUGGAAUUGUACAGAGUGUGAGUGAGUACCUGCUGGGGAAUGCCUUCUCGGCGCGCUUCUUUGAGCGUCCACCCAUCAAAAUUCCCCGCAGCAAGUCCACGGGGCACAGCUUAGCCACUAGUGAGGCACACAGUGCUGCAAAUCCGUCCAGAAGUAGUGUUAGUAUGCGAACAAGUCAAUCCACGGACUUUGCCACGGCCAGCCCCCUUCCGGAGAUUGACGAGGCAACCGUUGAGCGGCUCAUGGGUGCUGUGAAUUUUGGGUAUGGGCUCUUUCAGCUCAGCAUCUCCCUCCUGCCGCCCAAUAUCCUCCGGAUGAUUAGUUUUCUCGGCUUCGAGGGGAAUCGCAAUACAGGUCGCUCCUGCUUGGAAUACUCUCGCUCCACGGAUGACAUUCGUGCACCCCUGGCCACGCUGGCACUUCUCUGGUACCUCACAAUUGGCACGCAAAUCUUCGCAUCCACCGAGCUGAGUUGCAGGGACGCCGCUCGGGAUGCUGCAGCAAUUCUCGCGCAAACAGACAACCAAUACGGCUCAUCGUCGCUGCAUCUCUUCUUCCGGGGACGUGUUGCACGUAUGCGGAGUGAAAUUGACGUCGCUCUGGACUUUUUUCAACGUGCCUAUCGCGUGGCAGCGCAAUCGGAGAUGCGUCUUUUGUGCCUCCACGAGGUGGGUUGGUGCCACCUCAUCCGGAUGGAGUAUGAGGAUGCCACGGAGGCAUUUCACUGCCUCGGGCAUGCCACGCAAUUCUCCAAGAGCUUCUUCAUCUACCUCGUGGCCAUUUGUCAGGGUGCCAGUGGGAAGUUUGAUGAUCUCCCCAUCUUGCGCAAUGAGCUGCAGCAUCACCUCCAAUCGGCAACGUCCAAAGAAACGGAGAUUCAGCGCUUCCUCGUUGGGAGGCACACGCAAAUGCCCGAAGAGACCACUGACGCCACCUUCUGGCGCUACCUCACCUACGAGAUGCUCUUCCUGUGGAACACCCUCGAGAUCUGCAGCCCCGCCAUUCUGGACACAAUUGCCAUUGACUGUGCCAAGCCCCAGGAGACAAUAAAGGAACCCAUCGAGGGUCUAGCAAAGCUCAUCCUCGGCACAUGCCACGAGCUACGUGGACAACAUGCGGAUGCCAUUAAUGCCUACCGGGAGUGCAUUGAGGUACGUCAGACCGGCAGCACGGAGUUCCUCCACAUUCCUGCCUUUGCCCACGUGAGACUGGCUCUCCUCCUCAUGGCGCAAGGGGGCACCCAGCAGCACGAGGAGGCGCGUAGUCUCCUCCGGAAUGCCCAACAAUUCAAGGGCUAUGACUUUGAAUGUCGUCUCAGUGUGAGAAUCAAUGCGGCUCUCAAGCAACUCGCGGCUUAAGUUCUCUCUCUCUCUCUUCUGCGGAUUCUUAUUCUAUAUGUACAUUAAUCUGUUACAGUCUCAAAUGGAAAUUUGGUAAAAAUGGGCUUUUAUUUUAUAAAUUAUUUAGAUUAAUGUAACAUUCGUGAUAAGUUAUCUAGUCGAAAAAUACUUAAUACUCCAUUUCAUUGUUAAUGUUUAAGUUUUUUAAUUAAAAGAAUAAAAUAGGUUUAAUUUUAAUUUAAUUGUUUGUUCAUAACAUUUAGUACAGCAGAAGUAAUUGGAAAUCUAACCACAACCUCUAAAUAAAGAAACUAGGACAUGUGUA